AUGGAGGUAACUACCUUGGUAGGGGCCCUCCUUAGGAAGGCAGGGGCUGCCAAGUUAAAGGCUGAAGAGGCCAAGGCCCAGUUGGCCAAAUUGAAGAAAGAUAGUGCCGACUGGAAGACUGCCCAUGCUGAUCUGCCAGCAGUCAAGCAAAAGGAUGAAGCAGAUUCCAGAAUUGGAGAUCUGUUGAAGGAGUUGGAGGAGGAGCGCGCCAGAGCAGAGGAGGAGAAGGGGAGGCUUCUAAGGGAGUGGGAAAUAGAGAAGGCGAAGGCGAUGGCGGAGCUGGAGAGUCUGAAGAAGGGGGUGGAAGAGGAGAGGGCGGCGGCGGCUGCUGAAAAGGGGGCCCUGCAAAGAGAGCUGGACGAGGAGAGGGCGAAGGCGGCGUCUGAAAGGGCGGCCUACCCUGAUCUGUGCGUCGCAGCAGUGGAGCAAUAUAAAGGGUCCCCCGAAUUUCAGAUGGCGGUAGACGCCCCUGUCGCCAGGAGUCUGGCUGGGCAAGAGUCUGGGGGGGACAAGUUUGUUAUCGGCGAGGAUUUCGAUAAUGAUGAACAAACUCAACAAAUCCUCGAUAGAAAGGCUUAUUUGCCAUACAUGGAUUGGAGAUACAAUCUAAAGCAGGAGUUCCUCGAACUUGAGGAAACGGGUGUUGAUGACCCCUAUAGUUAUUCGCCUAGUGGAGUGAGCUUGGAGGACUGGAAAUAUGUGAUUGAUGUGGCUUGGAAAGAUGAAUCUCACUUGAAAUGCUCUAAAGUUGGUAAAGCAAAUAAGGGUAUGCUACCCUAUAAUCAUACAAGUGGAUCGCAAUCAUUUCUUAUAGCAAUGUCGCUUAUGGAUGAUAUGGUAAAUCUACAAGUGGUAGCCACCGAUGCGGGGUUGCCAUUGACCCACGAAGAACUAUCAAGGCAAGUGCUGGGGGCAAAAAAAAAUUACUUGCGUGGAUUUGGGAUAGGCCCACAACCCUCUUCCACAGCUUGUAGUGCGGCACGAGCACGUGAUAAACAUAUGGAGUCAAUGAGAGUGGAACUUGAGGUUCUUCGUGAGGAGCGUCAAAGAGAUCACGAGGAGUUGUUGAAGGAGAAAAAGGAGCGCCAAAGAGAUCAUGAGGAGCUGUUGAAGGAGAAAGAGGAGCGUUUUGAGGCAUAA